ACAUAGGGAUCCCGAGUGUAACCUUAGCAAGCAUGGCCGCCAACAAGGGCUCGGGGCCGCAGGUCAUCGAUAUUUCCAAAUUAAACCUCGAACAACUCACAACACUAAAGAACCAGCUGGACCAGGAGCUCCAGUUCUUCAGUGAGUCUCUCCAGCAACUCAAAAUCGCUCAGCUUAAGUUCAAUGAGUCGGGAGAAUGUGUUGAGAAGCUGACGCCGGAGACCAAGGGCAAGGAGAUCCUGGUGCCCCUCACAAGCUGCAUGUACGUCCCGGGCACCGUCGCAAACUCAGAGAAGCUGCUCAUUGAAAUUGGAACGGGAUACUACAUAGAGAGGGACGCAGUGGGCGCCAAGGAUUACUUCAACAGGAAAAUUAAGUUUGUGACGGAACAGAUGGAGAAGAUUCAGAAGAUCGCAUCGGAGAAGAGUAAAUUAAGAGAAGUCGUGAUGGACAUGAUGGAGAUGAAGUUGGACCAGCAGCUCGCGGUGAUCCAGCAGCAGCAGGCCGUCGCGGGCAAGCAGGGCGAAGGGGUGAUGGCCUAGGAAGGACUGGGCGGCCCUUCGUAUUAUUAAUGACACUUACCAUUUUGUUUUCGCCGUUCUCACUCUGGUCUGUGUGAUGGCACGCGCUCCAAGCCUCAGCGUUACGUUCAGGUCUUACCAGGUAGCAAAAUUUGUGCUUCAAUGAAAGUUUGUCAAUGUUCUUGGUUCAGUAAUUUGAGACACGUUUGGCUACAAAAUUCCUGCUGAGAAACACUCGCCUUCACACGGCUGGCUCGCUGCGCUGGUCAGCGCUCACGUUACUGCCGCAUAACAAUAUACACCUGAUCCUAAUCCCUGAUGAAGAUAUUAAUACAUUUAUUUAACAUCAAAUAA